AUUUAUUACCUGCGUGGAGAAAACGUGAGUCGUGGUCUUUUUCGUAACAGAUUUUGUUUAUAUCGGAACAGCUGAUUUUUUUUACGGAAAAAGUUAAUGCAUACAUUUCAAUGAGGAGGAUAUCUUAAUAUUACCAUAUACAGUACUUUGUUGCCGUUGCGAUGUCUACAGAUACUGAUGAGCAGUGCGGGGUGGGCUGUUUCAGACCCACCUUCCUGCAGCGCUGCGCGAGGGUCGGGGUUUUUGUAGCCCUCUACAGCCCUGCCUCUCUCUGUACCUCAGCCAUCUCUGUCUACAUGUCUUCUCAAAUCACCACCCUGGAGAAGCAGUUCGGCUUCACCAGCACACAAAGCGGCUUCCUCAUGAGCUGUAACGACAUCGGGUUUCUUCUGACGACGAUCUUCGUCGCCCACCUUGCUAGAACAGUCCACAUUCCUAGAUCUCUUUUCAUUUCCACCUUUUUAUUCGGGAUAUCGGGGAUCUUCUGUUCCCUGGCCUACUUCCUGGCACCUGACAAUCAGGAAGAACAAACUAUUGCUUCUUCCAAUUCCUCCUCCGAGAAGACUGCUUUGUUUCAAAGUUUUCUCCAUCAAUUGUGCUCUCAGAGGAACAACACACCCUCAGAAAGCUGUGAUCCCAAAAUGGUUAAGAUUGGAGCGCCGACAGAAUUCACUACAGUGGCUAUUGUUAUUAUUGCCGUGGGGAUGAUAGUGCAGGGGUUCGGGAAGGCCCCAAGACAGCCCUAUAUCAUCACUUACAUAGACGACAAUGUACCCAAACGGAAGACCGCCUGUUUCAUAGGUAAAGAGAUUGUUAUUACUCUGGUUUGUGUAAGACAAAAUUUUCCAGACUUUCUAUAUCACUAA